AUGUCCUUUCUUUCCUCUUUAUUCACGAGCACAGAAGAACAAAUUCAACAAGAAUUCGAUCUUGGCAUCCAACCACUCCGUUCUCGGAAAUGGGCUCAUUUCAACUGGAGUCACAUCUUGUUAGACAUUUCAGGGCCUUUUCACUCCACCAAAUGUCUUCCCAAAGAAACCUUCCGAGAAAUUCUUCAAUUCAACGACAUGGAAAUGUUAAUUGGACAAAUUUUUUCAUUACUCUAUGUGGCAGCUGACCGAUGUAAAGAAUCUGUCUCACCCAAAGCACAAUUAACACUUCGUAACGGACUUGUAUUGAUCUAUCAAAUGAUGAAGAAUUAUGUGGAUAUUUUCUGGGAGCAACAUCAUGCAGAGAGGAACAAUGGCAGUCAUGUUGUGGAUAUUGACAAGGAUGACACACGUAAAGAUCAUACGAAAGAAAAUGGUGCUCUAUUCACUGCUUCAGGAGGAUUAUCAACAACAGCAACAGCCAGCAUUCAUAUCGACCCUCCACAUUUUCAAAAUGAUUUUUACAAAAACAUGCUACGACUUUUGCUCAUGUCUGGAGAUGAGAGAGUGUUUAGAGAGGAUGUUAUUGAGUGUUCGAAUUUCAUGUUAGCCUUCUUGUUGAGUGAUCGAAUUUAUGGACCUUUAUUUUUGAUGUAUGUCAAUGAGUUGAGAUUUCAAAAUUCAACACUCGAAGCACUCUUUUUCAAUUCACUGGAUCGAUUGUUGUGCUAUCAAAAACGACCAGAAUUACAUAUUUGUUUGCCAUACGUGUACAGCAUUUUGUGGAGUCUCUUCAGUUACUCCAAUUUCAAUAAUCGAAUUUUUCUUGAAAUGAUUCCACAACGAAGAAAUGAAAACAAGAAUCUCAGUAGUUUAUUGAGCUUAUUUUUAUUGCAUGUGAAAAACUAUUCCGUGCAUACGGGUUCCAAUCCGAAACAAACGCGAAAUUCCUCAUAUUUUGGAGUGUUUAUUCCAAACACUGACACAGAAAUGUUAACUCGCCACGAGUACUCUAUAUGUAAUUAUGCCUUACAAAUGUUACUCAUUUUCACAUUGAACAAUCCUGAAUUUAGAUGUUUAUUUUUCGAUCAUGCAAAAUCUGUGCCACUCUUUUGGGACAUGCUUCUUUCGAGAGUUUCACAAAAUUUAAAUAAGAAUGCCUUUUUCAAAACCACGGAAGAUCAGCAGUGGUUAAAACAAAGCAUACUCAUCAUGAGAUUAUUUGACAAGAAAGAGGCCAUUAUUUCCGGAAGAUUAUUCUCUUUUAUCAAGUGGAUUGCUGUCAUUUCUACCAAUAAUGUCACGAAAAAACAAAUUGAAAUAUUUGAAGAUAUCGACGAGAACAAACACACGAACGACUCGAAUACAUCCAAUUCAGAAGCACACUCUUUGAGAAAAGAAAUUAUGGUCUUUGUCGACUCGGAUCUUGCAUGCCUCACACUGCGAAUGCUUCUCAUUAUUGCCAAGAAAAAUCGAGAGGUAUUACUGAACGAAUUGAUCACUAUUAAGGAUUUUUCUGAAUUUUUAAUGACUGCUCUUAUUGUGAAUUUGAGAACUGUUUCAGAUAUGGUGACAUGGAUGACACCGUUGUGUGGAAAACAAACAAGCGAAACAAUGGCGAGGAGAGAUGAACAACAUUCUGCCAGAGUAGAGGAUGCUAUUCUUCAUUCAUCGCAAAACCAUGAUGAUACCAUGGUAAAGAUGGGUCAUACAUUCAGACAAAUUGCUAAUAUUGUCAUUUCCAUAUUAAUUGAACUCAUUCUGGGAAGUGCACCCAUUUCCUUGAUAGAACAAAGUAAUCCCCAUCCUUCUAUUCAUGAGUCUACUACUACCACUACCACUAGUAAUAAUAAUGGCCUUACAUUGGACCAUCAAAGUAUUGCCAGUGAUAUGGAUUCUAUUUCUGACAUUUCAAGUACGAAUAGUAGUAGUGCAGAGACACCUUCAUCCUCUUCCAUGCAGACGACACCAAAUCCAGAAACCAUUGAAAAGAAUAAGCAAUUACUUUCACUCCAUCGUUCUAUCAUGAAAUACGAAAAGAGUAUUCGUUUGGCACGAGAGACGUGUGAACAUGUGUGUCGAUAUUCUUCUUCACAUUUAAGAUCUGGCGAGAGUGAAGAUGCUCAUUCGUCUGUCAUCCAUGAAGAAGAAUCCGAUCAGGUACUUGUCGAUAAUUUGAUUCAAUUAGUGGCCUACGCACAAUAUUUCAAGACUCGAUAUGGUGAUUCUACAGAGUGA